AUGUACCGCACGCACAUCUAGUUUCUCCUAUUCGAUUCAUCAUUCAUUCACCAUUAUUCUCCUCCAUCUUUGCCUCACGCAGUUGUCUUCAAUCUUCCUUGUAUAGUUUCAUUUCAUGACGCCGCCAACGGAGCACGACUACAUGGGCGUCAACGAUACCGAGCUCCGGCUCGGCCUGCCCGGCUCCAACGGACGGGUGGUGGUCGACGGAGGCGCAACCGCCGGCCUCACACUGGGCGGCGCGAAAAGGGGUUUCUCUGACGUCAUCCACGGGGCUUCCUUCUCUGAGGCAGGGGAGGACGCCGGUGGAGCAACCAAAGCGGCGCCGCCACCGCCUCCGGCGAAGACACAGAUUGUAAUUGGUUGGCCACCGAUCCGUAGUUACCGAAAGAAUACAAUCGCAUCCAAUAGUUCAAAGAACAAUGAUGAUGCCGAUGCGAAUGGAGUGAGUGAGUGCCACUACGUGAAGGUCGGCAUGGAUGGAGCUCCCUACCUGAGAAAAGUCAAUCUUAAUAUGUACUCCGACUACAAGGAGCUGUCACUGGCACUAGAGAAGAUGUUUACUUGCUUCACCUUCGGCCGGUGUGGUUCAUAUGGAGUACUGAGUGCUAGAGAGAUGACUACUGAGGGCAGAGUGUUGGACCUUCUUCAAGGAUCCGAACAUACCCUUACCUACGAGGACAAGGAUGGGGAUUGGAUGCUCGUCGGUGACGUUCCAUGGCCUAUGUUUGCUGACUCUUGUAGGAGGCUGAGAAUUAUGAAGGGUUCAGAUGCAAUUGGAAUCCGUAAAGCUCCAAAGGCCAUAGAGAAGUCCAGGAUCAGGAACUAAGAGCAAGAUGUUGUUGAACCCCUGAAAGAAGAAGAAGAAGAGAAAUCAAAGCCAGAAUUUGUAAUAUAAUGUUUUCUUCCAGUUUCUAUCUUGACUAUGAAGGAAAUCGUUGUUAAUGUACUACUAGCCUGUUCAUCGUAUUCCUAAUGUUAUUGAUCCUGUAGAGUGCACUUUUGAAUGGAAAUAGUGGUUUUACACUUGAGGACCAAA